CCCGAAAGGAGAGCAACGCCCCUCAAUCGUAUCUCCUCAGCACCAACCCUCAUCCCAACCUGCCCCUCUCCUCUCAAAGGGAUGCAAGGGAGUGACGCAGGAUAGACGGGAAAACUGCGCCGAACCUCGAAGGAAAGAUUGGAUAGGGGUGAUGCAAGAAGACAAAUUCUGGAAACCCAAAUGUAAAUCACGGAACCUCCGUUCCCUAGAAAAGAGACCGAAGCACGGCCUGUUUGGUCAGUGAACGUGGAUGCCAGACUCACAUGUUAUCUAUUUUACGCAGCCACUCACUCAUGUUUUGUUGGAUACGGCUCGAAUUUGGACAAUUGGAGGUAGGCGAAGCUUAGAUAUUCGUGUUGACUGUGUGUUUCUCAUCGUGACCGAUAAUCCUUCUUCGAGUCAAUUGAAGAGGUCUGAACCUUGAAGGGGAUACAGGCCAAUCCAUCUAUAGAUUUGGAAAUAACAUAAUUUAAUGGAGAUACCUAUUUUAACGACGUAACUUGUUUUUUUUUCUUCUGCGACUCAGGGUUGAUACAUUUCCAACUGAUCCUUCGAUUCAAAUGUCAAAAUAGUGUUAUAGGCUAUUGGUAGGCGAAUUCAUACAUUUGCAUCAGAAAGGAGGAUUCACCAUACAUACACCUUUUCGUAGCCAAACAUUUUCAACAUGAAUUACCUGCGUCGUCGGCUGUCGGACAGCAAUUUUAUGUCCAAUUUGCCCAAUGGGUACAUGACUGAUCUACAACGCCCUGACCUGCCGCAGCAAGACCCUGCAGUAGUGUCGCCUGGACCACCGGAGAGGCGUCUGUCUACCAACCAGCAGUCGGAGGGCACUGGCAGCGGAUCCGGAGCUGGAUUUUUAUCUUCCUUUACUAAAGCUGUCAAACAAACCACUGCUGCUGUUGCUGAGAAAGUCACCGAGGUAGCAGACAAAGCAGGCGUUGCCUCUGGUGCCAAGAUACUCCUGGUAAUUGAUGACCAACAAACAGACUGGGUAAAGGUCUUCAAAGGUAAAAAGGUUCAUGGUGAAUUCGACAUUAAGGUGGAACAGGCUGACUUCUCUGAAAUCAACCUAAUAGCGCAUGCUACAGGGGGCUAUAGUGUUGAUAUCGAAGCAAUCCGGAAUGGAACCAAGGUCACCAAGUGUUUCAGGCCAGACUUUGUGCUGGUUAGGCAGCAUGCCUUCAGUAUGGCCAAGAAUGGAGACCACCGACACAUAGUGAUUGGGUUACAGUAUGCUGGUCUCGCGGGUGUAAACUCUCUACACUCUGUCUACAACUUCUGUGACAAACCAUGGGUGUUUGCUAAUAUGGUGAGAUUGUACAAGCAACUUGGACCAGAGGAAUUCCCACUGAUCGAGCAGGUUUACUAUCCCAACCACAGAGAAAUGAUUACCACUCCUGGUUUCCCUGUGGUGGUGAAAAUGGGGCACGCCCACUCAGGGAUAGGGAAGGUGAAAGUGGACAAUCAAUAUGACUUCCAAGAUAUUGCCAGUGUUGUUGCCCUGACCAAGACCUAUGCCACAUCUGAACCUUUCAUCGAUGCAAAGUAUGAUGUUCGCAUCCAGAAGAUUGGAGACAAUUACAAGGCCUACAUGCGCACAUCAAUUUCAGGGAACUGGAAAACCAACACUGGUUCAGCUAUGCUGGAACAGAUAGCCAUGUCAGACAGGUAUCGGAUGUGGGUGGACUCCUGCUCUGAGGUGUUUGGCGGUUUGGAUAUGUGCGCUGUGGAGGCUCUGCAUGGAAAAGAUGGCAAGGAUUACAUUAUAGAGGUGGUGGGUUGCUCCAUGCCUCUGAUUGGAGACCAGCAGGGUGAAGACCGUGAUCAAAUUGCAGACCUGGUCAUCUCCAAAAUGAACCAGACAGUCCCACGCACUGCAAGUCCCUCUCCUGUCCGUCCCACAGCUGCACAGCCUGUACAGAAAGCUACAUCCUCUCAGCCUAUCUCACAACCCAAAGUGCCACAGGCUCAGCAACGCCCUUCUCCACAAGGUGGCCCACAACAGACACCAACCGGCACUGCCACCCCUCGCCAAGGAUCCCCCUCCCAGCAGCGCCCCUCUCCCCAAGGCCAGCCCCCUUCCCCAGGCCCCAACACCCAGAACCCCCCUGCCCAGACAUCACAGAAAGGAACCAACCCAGGAGCUGGGGCCCAGCAGCGUCCCCCAGGUCAGGGGCAGAAACCCCCCUCUGGUCAGGGAUCCCCCCAGCGAUCCAUGAGCCAGGGGGGCUCCCCUCAAAACCAGAGGCCACAGCAGUCAGGUCCCCAGCUGCAGCAGAGCCCCCCUCUUGGAGGCAUGGGCCAGAAGUCCACAGGGGGCCAGCCCCAGCAGAGGCCCCAGCAGAAGCCAGGUCAGCCUGCCAGGCAGCAGUCCCAGGGAGGAGGCCCCCAGGGCCCCCAGCAGCAGAGGGCUCCAGCCCAGCAAGGUCGCCCUGGGGCCCCCACCACUCAGCAGCCCCGCCUUAGUGCCCAGGGCCAGGGAGGCCCGGGAGGGAAACCUCCUCUGCAGCAGAAGCCCCAACCCCCACAGAAGCCCAACCAGGACCCUCCUGCUAUGGGAGCCAUCCCUCCACUGAACAAAUCCCAGUCUCUUACCAAUGCCUUCAACAUUCCAGAAACUCCAACGCCACGGGCCAGCCUUAGCCAGGAUGAGGUGAAGGCUGAGACCAUACGCAACCUACGCAAGUCUUUUGCCAGUCUCUUCUCAGACUGAGAGAUGGAGUAAGCCCCCUCCUACGCCGACAGACAGACUGAAAGGCAGUCCCUCCCUCUUCCCCUCCCCAACACACAAUGGACCAAUAGAACUAACACCUCCCUAUCAUGGAUAUUGAUGUACAUUGAUGUGAAAAUGCACAUAUAAAACAUCUACUGCCUAUACAGACAUAGGAUCUUAAUUUGAUCAGUAUUGACGUAGCAAAAUAAUCCUGCAGCAAAAGGAUUUUAACAUUAAAUCCAUAAUAUUGCUUGAUCGAUGGUUAAGCUGGCCAAAAUUAGGCUAUGUGAAAAGUGCAAUACUGUUAAUAUAACCCAGGCUGUAUCACAACCUGCCAUGAUUGGGAGUCCCAUGGGGCGG